AUGGCGGCGGUCCGUGCGGGCGCCGUCGGCCUCUCCAAACAGGCACGGUUCGUGAUGUAUUCAUCGACCAGAGGUAAGGCUUAUUUUCUGAAAAUUGGCAUCGAUUGUUGACGGUCACGGGUUCAAGGCAAGGUUCGAGCUGCAGUAUUAUUGAUCCAGAAAUGUGGAGCUUUUACUUAUUUUCUAUUUAAUCGAACCCAUUGCCAGAUAGGAAAAACCAAAGUAGUUCCCGAGAAAACUGUAAUAGAGAAGAUGACCCCAACAACGUGUUGCGGUGCCCUUCUAUUACAGUUCAAUUUCUAAAAGUAUAACUCCAAAAAUAUUUAUGAUAUUGCCCGGUAGAGUUCGUUAUGCCGUUUCUCGUUGACUGCACUUCUAUCAUCCGACUGUGAUUUGAGGCGUGCCCAAAAUAACCUGGUCUAAACAUCUGUUGCCGCUUUUUUCCGUUAAUCGAGUCAGCAACUGCAUAGCCAAUCAGUCAGAUAACUAGAUUUACGUCUAAUUCCCCCGUAUUAUGAAAAUCUGCCGGCUAGAAAACAUCCAAACUCAGAUUUGUCCAUGAGAAACAGAUGACGUCUGGCGAGAAUGUAGUUCCUGUUGAACGCUUUGAUUCGUUCACAAUCAGAGUACGGAAAGGUUGCCAUGAAACCAAAGUAGAAUUCUGCAAGCGUUGACAUCAUCUGCUCGUGCCUGCGUCGUCGCAUGAGCUGCUCGGAUCCAGCUCAACCCGAAAGACCCGUCCAGCUGUCGGUGUCGGCGUCUCUUCAUCCGCCGCAAGCACACGCGCACAACUUGAUAUCAAUGAUUAUAUAUCCACAAAAAAAGCAGCCGGCUCCUUUUGCGCACGCGUCGGCUCACGCACACCUCUCUCCACACAUUCAUCCAUUCUCCAUUCUCGUCGGUUCACCCACCUCCAGCCGCUCAUGGAUUUUCCCAUUGUCUGAGCUGGAUCACCAUUUCCUGUUUGUCUAGUGUGCAUUAGCCGGGUGGGAACUGGCGCACGGAUGCCGGCACCGAAGCACUUCUUCGCACUAGGCACGUUUUGAGAAGUCGCGAUGCAAGAGAUUGAAGAAGAAGAAGAAGGUACGUUCGGACGGCGCACCGCAAUUCAAUUUCCAACUGUCUUUUCUUGUUGCUUUUUUAAAGGAAAACUUCGUUCAGCAAGCUUCUUUGCAUCUAAAAUUUAUGCGAAAAGAGUAAAGAUACGGUAGCUGAUUAUUGAUAAUCAUAAACGUUUCCGUGCAGGUGAAACUGAAAAUGAGAGUGGCUCUUUGUGUCGGGCUCCCUUCCUAAUCCCCAUUUAUUCGCUUUUCUCUCUUCUUUCUCAUCUGUUUUUUUGCGUAGUCUAUGCAUAACGGAGUAGGAGACUUUUCGGACGGAAAUUCAGGCCAUUCAUUCGUCAUCGAACGGACACGGAACAAAAGGAAAAUGUCGGAAUGAAGGGCAAGUUUUGGAUCCGGAAGAUAGGACAGGCACAAUACUGUAAAGUUUCCUCUCCAGCUCUGAGCCCGGUAUUUGACCCAGUUUCAAGAAUCCGAUGGGGCCCAAACUAUGCCGCCUGCUUGGACUUGGAUUGAAGCAUCUUGAGUCCAAGUUUCAAACCGAUCGCAUGAUUCAAAUACACUGAUCUAGGACCGUAAAACUUUGGUUUUUGCGAAACCCCAGGGAUUUCCAGGCUCCGAAAAAACCUUAAACUAAAAGUUCCUAUGAAAAGUUCCUAGGCUUUCAGAAGCGUCAACUUAUAAAUAAAUUUCCUCUGUUCUCAGUUCUCGAUGUCUGAAUCAGAUCCCUUCUUUCACCUGGAUAUGCUCCACCUUCUUCUUCAUCUCCUUCUUCUCCCUCUUCUUCUUCUUCUUCUUCUUCAUGUUCUUUUCAGUCCCCAUUCGCCCUAUCUGCAAAUCAAUCUAAACGGGCGCUGCCCCUUUUGAAUGGGCCAUUCCCACCAUCGAAAGAACAUGUGGGAGUUCUCCGAGUCGUAAACUUAAACUCUCCGCCAGUCCCUUUUCCAUUCCUACUUAUAUUUUUAUAACCUACUUCUUCCUGCUGCUGUCACAAGAUGUCCGCCGCUCUCCGUCUGCAAACCAUUCCAGAAUGUCCGCGAAGCCCCCCUCUAAAUGGCCACCUCAUUAUCCGUCUCUGUCCGCAUCUAAUGAGCCACACACACACACACAUUUUCCCUUUUUCUUCUGAAAGUUUGCCCAAUACACGCAAAAUUUAUCAUAUUUCUGCGCCCCUUUGCCAAUGUUUUAAUCAUGAAGAUUCGGGACGGAGGGAAAAUCGCGCAGAAACAAGCGAAAGCGCAUGAAGAAUUUCGAGCGGGCCGAAAUUCGAGCGUUUCCGUGGGAAAAUCUCGCCGGAAUUCCGAUUCCAAUUCCGAUUUUUCGCCCACCAGUAGGGUCUAAUCUGUGAAUUUCGUAGUUUGACCACCGAUUAUCCUUUCUUUUCAUUUCCAUGCUAUCAAGUUCGAAGUCACCCGUUGCGCAUCUCAGCUGCAUUUCCGAUUUCAGUUUUUUGACAUUAAUACACUAUCAAACUCUUGGCCCCUCUUUCUCAGUGUGGUUUCUUGCUAAUCGCAAUGCUUGUUUACUUCUUCCAUUGCUAACUCUUACAUUGAUUCCUUCGUGAACAUUUUCUCACUAUCAGUCAACAACGCGAUGAGCAAAUGUGGUCGGGGAGAACAAAUAAAAGAUGAACGUGUAGAGCAAAAGAUUUGUAUAAAAUCAGAAAAAUCAGCGAAAGUAGUUGUUUAGCCAGUUUCUGACGAUGCCAAAAUGUUUCUCAUAGUGCAUCGUAGCACCCCGAUUUAAGUACUUCCCAACUUCCCAAGAAUGGUGUCUUUCGAAGAGCGAAAUCCGAAAAGUCGUCUUUAGGCUCCGACUGGGACUCCCGGGACAGUGGAGGAGGGGACCGUUCUCGCACGAGUCGUCCGUCCGUCUAUGGAAAACGGUACGGAGUGGCGAUGAGCAACGCGGAGACCGUCCGUCAACGGUGGAAAAUGCGUCGACAGCUGUCGGAUCUGAAAGUCCGUCUGUGCGACGUGACCCUCAUUCUGGCGAUCAGCGGACUCAUUCUCGCCAUGCUCGACGUCGAAUUCACGGCCACUCGGAUUCUCGAUCGAUUCGUGAACACGUCGGAUCUGUCGUUCAUUUUGCGGGCGGCGGCCAUCGUCACCACCAUCGCACUCUUAUUCUUCCUUCUUUUCUUUCAUUUCAUCGAUAUCAAAGUGAGCGCGAUUUGGGGAAUUUCUAGAGAAGCCCUCGACAAUAUAUUUUUAGAUUCAACUAGUGGAAACGGGUACAACAAACUGGAGAGUCGGCGUCACUUCCGAGCGUGUUCUCUACACAUUGUUAGAGUUGGCAGUGUGUGCCGUUUGUCCAAUUCCAGGUACCGUUUCCUGGCGAUUCGAAUUCAAACCCAGGAUAUUUGCAGAAACGGGCUUCGUCGCGUGGCCACAACUCUCGAACAUUGCCGAGAAGACCCGUCAGUACGUGUCGAUUCCGAUCAGUGUUCUUCUGACUCUUCCGAUGUUCCUCCGAUUCUACAUCGCCUGUCGCUACAUGGUCCUUCACAGUUCCCAGAAUCAGGACACCGCGACUCGCACGAUCGCCUCUCUGAAUCACAUUGCCGUCGACUUCCGAUUCGUGCUGAAGAGCGAGAUGUACGAGCGUCCGCUCUUCGUCCUUUCCAUCGCUUCCCUCUUCUUCUGGUGCGUCAUCUCGUGGAUGUUGACCCAGUGUGAAAGGUGCGCGAAUUCUCGAUUCAGCGAGGUUCAAUUUCGGCUUUCAGAUACGCGUAUCCUUCUAUCAGCGGGUUCCAACACUUUGCGGACUAUCUGUGGUUCGAGAUCAUUGUCAGUUCCCUCCAAUCUUCCCGUUCAUUUCCCCGCUUUCAGACGUUUUUCUCAAUCGGUUACGGCGACGUUCAAGUGAAUACGUACUGCGGAAGAGGACUCGCAAUGCUCACUGCCAUAGUGGUAACUUCCCAUUUUAUCACUCUUUUCUUAUCAUUCUUCCUGUUUAGGGAACCCUUUUCUCAUCCACACUCAUCGCUCUCAUCAGCCGGAAGUUGAUAUUAACUUCCAGCGAGAAGAGGGUCAACCAUAUAAUCGCUGAGAAUAAUAUCACAAAUGAGUGAGUCGGCGAGUCGAAACAAGGCAAAUUCUGAAUAGAGCACUUUCGCAGACACAAGAACGCGGCGGCCUGUGUGCUCCAGAACACGUGGCGGACUGUGCUCCGUUCGAGAGAUUACCAGAAGAGCAGCUGCCGGCGGAACCAUCAGAGACUCGCGAAAGCACAGAGAAUGCUACUAUGCUCCGUUCUGACGUGAGUUCAGUGGAGCGCACCUGCAUUGUUGAGAAUUUAUUGCAUUGAAGAUUCCGGAAGACUCGAUGGAAGCUGCGAAUGCAAAUGGAAGACGAGGACGACUAUUUCACGGCUCGCCGAGCAUUCAACGAGACCGAAGAGCGGCUCCAGAAGGUUCGGCAGAGGCAAUCCCAACUGGACGGCAAGAUUUCCACGUUGUUCGAAAACGUGGAAGCAUUGACGCAGGCGGUGAUGGCGAGGAAAUGCUACCUGAGACAUUGA